AAGAUAAAAGAUUUGUAAUUUUUUUGUUUUGCCAUUCGUCACAAUUAAAGCCUAAACUCGUGGAAAAAAAACUCGAGAUUUUUAGGCGUUCGUAGAGAAAAAUUAUUUUUGAAAAGUGAAGGCGUACAAAACUUAACGAACCGCGCAACUUUAAACAAUUUCGAGUGUGCACACAUUUCUCAAACAAUAGUCGAACUACAUAUGGUGACUAUAUCUUUGAAAACGUGGAAAAUAUUGAGAAACUACAUUAUGCAACACAAAUUCUUUCUAUGGUCAUAACAAAUGGACGAAAGGGUGAGCAUCCGUGAUAAUACAAAACCUCUAAGGAAAUAUGGCAGUAUAAGCAGCAAUACAAAUUUUGUCCGCAAUGAGAACUAUAUCAAACAUGUUGUCACAGAGACUGACACAUUGCAAGGGCUUGCACUUAAAUACAGUGUGACGACUGAACAAAUACGAAAUGCUAACCGACUCUUUACUAAUGAUAGUUUAUUUCUAAGAGAACAUCUAUAUAUACCAACUUGCGAUACCAAUGCUUCUGGAAGAGACAACUUCCAUAAUGUUAAACGAUUAAAACCGUCAAAUAUAUCACCAAUUGAAGAGCACAAUAUUGAUGACUGUAAUAAUUUCCUAAAUAAAAUAGAUAAUAAAAUUGCCAGUACAAGAGCUCAAGUUAUUGAUAGUCAAGACAGAAGUGUGUACUGCCCCGAAGAACAGGUUUUAUUUACACGCCAACGAUUGUCAAAUCGUAGAAUACAGGGUUCUUCACUAAAUGCAGAUGAUAUACCAAUAAUUGUAUCCCAGAACAAAAAGUUGAUGAGUUCUCGACAGCGACUUGAACAAGAAGAAGAAAAAGAAAUGUUUUCACUGUGAUAAUUAUUAAUAAGUAUUACAUAACUUGCCAAUAUAUGUUGAAUUUUAUAGUUAUUAUUAUAAUUUUAUUUUACUCAAGAUUAUGAUUUAUUGGUGUGACUUAUGUAACUAUUAUAAAAUUGUGUACUUAACAUUACUUGUUUCUACAACAAAUUAUCACAAUCAACUUUCAAUCUUAGGUUGUGGACUUGUGGUUAAGCUUUAUGUUUUAAAUACAUUUAUUUUUGUCUCUCUAAAUGUAACAAAUG